CUCUUCCUUACAAAACAUAAACCGAGCUGUUCAGAGCAGCGGCAGCUACACGAGAGUUAAAAUGACCUUUUAUAGAAACACGGUUUGGUUUAUGAAAGGACUCCAGGAGUACACAAAGAGGAACUGUCCACAUGGUUUGUAGAGACCAGGGACGAGCAGAAGCUGCUAAAGUUGAGAUUGUGACAAAGAGUAAAAAUGAGGAUGUUCACGUCCACAUCGUGGACAUGUCCAGUGCCAGACAGGUGUGGCAGUUCGCUCAGAGCUUCUCCCAGAAGCACACGGUGCACGUGCUGAUCAACAACGCAGGCUGCAUGGUCAACCAGAGGGAGUUAACUGAGGAGGGUUUGGAGAAGAACUUUGCCACAAAUGCUCUGGAUCGUAAAGCGGUUGCCACACACCUGCCCCUGGCCUGGACCCGCUCCACCCCUCAGGAGGACGACAAACUGCUGGCAGCGCUGGAGGAGCUCGCCCUCAAGUUCAAACCUUAACCUCUGCAAACCUUCUGCUUUUUGUAAUCAGGCUCUCCUCCAGCCCUGAAAUGUUUACACAAUCAAGCRUUUUGCUUCAGCGAACUAAACAUAUGAUGCCUCAGAGAUGUGUUAAUUAUUGUAAGAAGGUUCAAACUGUUCAGGUUUAAAUACRCUACAAAUACUGUUUGAUACUAACUUACAGUAACGGAAACGUUUACUGUUUAAUUUGUGUUAAUGUGAUAAUUAUUUUAGCAAUUCAUUUUGUCUGAACUGGUUUUAUUCCAGCAUCACUGCUGGUUUAAUGUUGAUUUUUGUAACAAAUGUCAUUAUUUUUGAGAAUUAUUUCCAAUCAGCAGUUUAUUUAAUAAACAGGUUCUUUGUCACAAGUGAA